AUGAUUGAUUUUUUUUUUAUGACUUCAAAUAAUCAGAUCAAUAACCUUGAAAAACAUCGAUAUCUGGAAUAUUAA